UUCUGUUAAGAAGUUGGCUAGUGACCAUUCAGUUUCAGGAAGGGUCUGUUCUUAUUGUAAAAGACCAGGUCAUCUUAUUGCAGACUGUCCUGUUCUAAGCAAGAAACAGAAGUCUGUAAAAACUGUAGCACUGGUAAGCCCUUUGACAAGUCUUCCUUUGGUAUCAUCAGUUGAUGUUCCAUGUAAGAAAAGCAAGUUGGUUGGAUCAUCAUCAUUUUUGAUGAAUGGUUUUGUAUGUCUGUCUUCUGAUCCUGAACAUAGACAAGCUAUCAAGAUUUGGAGAGAUACUGGAGCUUUCCAAUCUGUGAUUCUCCAGAAUGUAUUUUCUUUUAGUAAAAAGUCAGCCCAAGGUUUGGAGGUAAUUGUUAAAGGUUUUCAUCUACAAUCUGAUUUAGUCUCUGGCAUUGUCAUAGUUGCACUUUGUUCCCAUAUACCUAUAUAUGGGGUGUCCUUUAUUCUAGGGACCGAUUUAGCUGGUGGUAGAGUGCAAGCUGUUCUUGAAGUAACUUCCACUCCCUGUAAGCCAUACAGCUCAGAUGAGCUUGAAUUGGCAUAUCCAGAGACAUUCCCGGUUUGUGUUACAACUCUUGCCAUGUCAGCUAGGAGGAAUGUUGAAGGCAAGCCUCCUUCAAAUCAAUCAGAGAUUCCACUUUAUGAUUCUUUUAUGACCCAAGGUGAUGUGAACUUCACAUGUUUUGGAAAGAUGUUCCCAUCUCGUGAACAGCUAAUACUUAAGCAAAUGCUAGAUGAAAUAUUAUCAAAUGUAGCUUCUGGCUAUUUUGUUAGUGAUGAGGUUUUGAUGAGAGAGUGGACCGAUUUAAAAAUGUCAAGUCGGGAUGAUUGGAGUAGGAGAUUGGAUGAUUGGAGAUUGGAUGAUUGUGUUUCAAGUGGUGGUUCCAAAUGUUUACCAAUCUGUUAUUUUUUAUCUUGCUCAUGAUCGUUGUCUCUCUGGCUGCUUGGGUAUUGGGGGAACUUUGGAUCAUGUGUUACGGCAUUAUUGCCUUUUUCUGGCCUGCCCUGGGGUGGGGUUGGAUGUGGCUCAGUAUUGUGGAUCAUGACAUGUUUGUCAGGUGAUGGAUUAACCUAACCAGUCUAUUCCCGUAGCUCCACUACAUCCUAUUUAGAGAAAUAGUUGGCUUCUGAACAUGUUGCACUAACCUUCUAAUAACCUUAAGGACUUAUUUUCAUUUCAGGCUUAGUAGGGUUUGUGAAUUGGCCAAAGAGAAUCUAAAAGCAGCUCAGGAGAAGAUGAAGUGUUGCUAUGACUGAAAGGUUAUGCAGUGUUUGUUCUGUCCAGGAGACCAAAUUUUUAUUUUAUUUUAUUUUUAUUUUUUUUAAAUGUCGUGCCUCACAGGACCACGGUGCUACAUAAAUACAGACAGACAACAAUGAAGUAAAACAGUAUAAACCUAUACACAACUAACCUACUGACAGAUUUUGACUAAAUUUACUAUAUAUAAAUGUUUUCCUAUACAUAAACUAAAAGAUACAGACUAUACCAAUGCUUCACAUAAAUACUGUACAUAUACACAACUAACCUACUGACAGAUUUUGACAAUAAAUAUACUAUAUAUAAAUGUUUACCUAUACAUAAACUAAAAAAAUACAGACUAUGCGAAUGCUUCACAUAAUACUGUACAUGUGUCAAGCAGCUGACUGGGGAACAGUGCAAGAUGAUUUGUAGUGAAUGAGCAUGUAAACACACAUAUAACUGUUUUGUAGGUUUACUUACAUACAGCAGUGUGUUACUACAGGUGGUUUGUACAGGCCCACUUACCUGUGUGUAGCACACUUUGAAUUGCACACACACACACAAAAAAAUACAUAUAUAUUCAUUUUCGUUUUAAUUGCAGAUGUCAUAACUACAGCUGAAAGUGACUGUCUUUAAUGAAUGUGCUACUCCUGAUAGACGUAAGAGUGUAAGAUUAAUUCUGUUUUCUCUUUUACAGAUUCAUCUGAAAGCACAGAGACAUGUGUAACAGGAAACAGAAUCCCUGAGCAAAUGACUGAAGACUCUACAUCUAAUGAUUCAGGAGAACACAAGGAAACCACAGGAGUCAGAUCAGAUCAACACGUACAACAGGAAAAGAUUGGAAGAGAAAAAAAUAAAGCAUUUAUUUCACAAACUUCAUCUUGAAGGCAAGCGCUGCAAUAAACUGAUAACUUCAGAUGUCCUUCAGAUAACUGAACAUUCAUUACAGUUCCAUGAAUCUUGUGCUGAGGAGGAGCUGGUUCAGACUUUCCUACAAAAAGUACUCAUGAUGAACUACAGAGCAAGAUACAUUCAUGUAAAUAAGACAAGUCAACAGGAUCACACACAAGAAAGAUAUACUGACUUAUCUGAAGAUAAUGCUGAUAUAUUCAAAGCAGAGUCCUUGUCAAACAAAGGAACAAGGCAGCCUGAGCGAAUUCACCCAAUGGAUGUUCAGAUGGCCGUGUUUCAUUGUGCUGAUGGUUUGCUGAAGCAGAUGAUGGUGACUAAACUGUCCCAGUGUCAGUACGCUUUGCCUCUGCUUGUUCCUGAUCCAUUCACACAACAGAUUGACUAUCCUCUCUGGACAUUCAGACAAAUCAUCAAGAGCUGGAAGAUGAGAAACAUCAACAAUGAAAUCAUCAGUCAAACCCAACCGAUCUACAAGACAGAAACUCCAAUGGUGUUUUUCUUCAGGUUUGGCUCUGUGUCUUCAUCCAAGUCUCAGCUGAUGAACAGUCUGAUCAAUGAGAAACACAACACGUUCUUCCACAGGAACUGCCCAGGCAGCAGCAGAACCAGAGAACUGAUGGACGGAGUGGUGGAGAUCGCCUGGUUCUGCCCCUCUGGGAAAAACACGGAUAAAUUCACUGACUGUGUUGCGUUCUGUAAUCUACACGGUGAUGCAGGAGACCAUGAGAAACAGCUGCAGAUCCUCACUGAAAUGGCCUCAGUCAAUGUUGUUCUUCUACCAAAACUUGACAAGAAUGACAGACAUGCAGGAAUAAUCCAAAACUUGUACAAGAACAAAAAGCCACUAAUUUGUCUUUUUACCAAGGAUGAAUCUAGUGUAAUUGAAAUAAAGAAAGGGAAAUUCAAAAUUGGUUUGAAAGACAGAAAUCAGUCAGAUGUAUCUGAAGAACUCAUAAGAACUAUAAAUGAUUGUGUCUCAGAAUCAUCCUCCACUUUCAGACUUGAAGAUGUGUCCAAACACUCAGACAUCAGAGUAGAUGAGGAAGAUGAUGAUGACUGCAGGAGAGGAAGAGAAGCAGCACAGCAGAUGAUGAGUUUACUGGAGAAGAAAGAUCUGAGAGAAAUCAAAGAAUCAUUUCUGCCUCAUCAGGGGAAACUGUGGCAUCAGUGGAGUCAGAAGAACAGAGAACUACACCGCCCUCGAGCAGAAGAGAAAGAAAUAGACAUCAGUAGAAAACAAACAGAAAUGAUGAAUAUCCGUCAACAGCAGCAUUCAUUUAAAAUCAGUGACUUCAUUAAGUUCCUCCUCAACACUAUGAACUCACAAGCUGAACAUGAGAAGAUGUUUUUCCUUAAAUGGCUCAGAAUCCUCUUGGAUGAAUAUACUUCAGCUGACCUUUCUGCUCUACAUCACAAGUAUGAUGAAACAUGGUCAACAUCUAUAAAACUGAAAAAGAAACAUUGUAAAUCUGAACAACUCAAAGCUGAACAAAUAGACCUUGAGAAAAUAUCAGAGGAGAUUCAAGCUGUGACCUUUGGUUUGGAGCACAUCAUGAGGGAGAUUGGUCAGAUCUAUGAAUCAUGUUCAUUUGUUAAUGAGAACAAGAAAGACUUGCAGGUUCACUUCUCUUCUCUCCCGAGUCUCGCAGCAGAGACGUUGAUAUCUGGAUUUCCACUGGAGCUGAUGGAUGGAGAUGCUGCUCAUGUUCCAGUGAUCUGGAUCUCUGCUGUUCUAGAUCAACUCAUCCAGAAACUGGGAGACCAAAGAGUCUUCGUGCUGUCAGUUUUAGGGCUUCAGAGUUCUGGGAAAUCCACCAUGAUGAACGCCAUGUUUGGACUGCAGUCUGCCGUCUGUGCUGGCAGAACAACCAGAGGAGCUUUCAUGCAGCUGAUCAGAGUCUCAGACGAGAUGAAAACACAGAUGAACACUGACUAUAUUCUGGUUGUUGAAACAGAGGGUCUUCAUGCUCGAGAACUGGCUGGAAGGUCAACAAAAGAUCAUGACAGUGAAUUGGCAACAUUUGUUGUAGGUCUUGGAAAUCUGACACUGAUCAACAUCUUUGGAGAAAACCCAUCUGAGAUGCAGGACAUUCUUCAGAUUGUUGUUCAGGCUUUCAUGAGGAUGAAGAAGGUCAGACCGAAUCCCAGCUGUGUGUUUGUGCAUCAGAACAUUUCAGAGGUCACAACUGGAGAGAGAAACAUGGAGGGAAGGAGACGACUGCAGGAGACACUGGAUGAGAUGACAAAACUCACUGCUAAAGAUGAAGACUCUGAUGCAGAAUGUUUCAGUGAUGUCAUUAGAUUUGAUUUUCAGAAUGAUGUGAAGUAUUUCGCUCCACUCUGUGAGGGUAACCCACCAAUGGCUCCACCAAACCCAAACUAUUGUGAGAACAUUCAAGAAUUAAAGAAAUCUAUUCUUUCUCAUGCCACACAAUCAUAUGGAAGGAUGCUGGCACACUUAAAAGAUCAUAUUAAAGAUCUCUGGGAGGCUUUACUGAAUGAACGAUUCGUCUUCAGAUUCAGAAAUGCUCUGGAGAUCUCGGCCUACAGGAAACUGGAGACCGAAUACAGCAAGUGGUCCUGGAGUCUUCGCAGAGCCAUGAUGGAAACCAAGAACAAAUUACACAACAAAAUAGAAAAUGAAGUAAUUCAUGAGGUUGAGGAAAUUGAUCUUCAAAGAGAACUGAAGAAGACAAGUGAGGAAGUGAAUAAAUCAAUGUCUGAAUUUUUUGAGAAAGACAAGGAUGAAGAUAUACUGAUUCAGUGGAAAACAUCGUUUGAAAUCAAAAUCAAAGAGCUUCGGGAAAACAUUAUCAGAGAAACAAAGAGGAAAUUAUAUGAGAUCCUUCAGCAGCGAGACCUGAAGAAAAGGAUUGAUGCUCUGAGGACACGACAUGAAAACACUCUCUAUGAAAAGAGCAAAGAACUUGCCUUAAAACUCAAAACCAAAACACAUGAUGAAGAAAGACUGAAUAAAAAGUUUGAUUUGAUUUGGAAGCAGAGUGUGAAGAAGAUCAUCAAAGAGACUCCUGCAAUCAAAGACAUUGACAUAAUGAGAGAUUUGAGAGAGAUCCUCAGUGCCAGCUAUGGAACUCCUGUAGAUCACUGGAAGGCGAGACGCGAUGUUUUCUCAGUGAUGAGUUAUUAUGAUUAUGUAAAGGUAAAGAGAUCUGGUGGGUUUUUCACAAAAGCUAAAGGGAGUGCUCUAUCAAAAGAGGAUGACAUCCAAAUAAGGUCAUUAGUUACAGAUGUUGUUCAGCAGACAGACACAAUCAUUCAGUCAUUUAACAUUUCAGAGAUGGGAUACAACAUCUGCUGCAUUCAACAACUCACAGAUUAUAUCAAGAAAAGAGUAACAAAACACGAGGAAGGAUCUGUAAAAUGUGUGUUCAAGAAACAAUUCUUCAUUGAUUUGGUUUAUUCCAUCUGUAAGAGAGCAAAUGAAAUGAUAACUGACCAACAAAGACUGUUCAGAGAUGCCAAUGAUCCUGUCAUAUAUGCUGAGAAGAAGAGAAAAAAGUACUAUAGCAUUUUUCAGAAAUACUGUCAUGGAGCUGCAUCAGCAUCCAUUUUUGGUGAGAUCAUCUGUCAGAAACUUAAAGAGCCCAUUGAGCAGAGUGUCUACAAGAAGACGGCCAGAGAUCUGACAGAUGAAAUGAGAAUAAACUGUGAAUCACUGAAUGGAAACAGAUCAAAUCUGGAGAAGCACAUCCUGAAGACACUGGCAGAAGAGGAGGAAUUUGACAAAUACAUGAACUACAUUCACAAUCCCAGAGAUCUCUUCAAGAGUUUCAUCAGAGAUGAGGUCAGUCGGUACAUCAUUGAUAAGUUCAGUCUCAGUGUUUUACCCCGGAUGAAGGAGAACAUUGAAUUCCUGCAGCAGAAGAUCAUGAAAGCAGCUCGUGAAUCCACUGAACAUGUUCAAGUGAAAAGAGGAGAUGCUGGUUUGUGGUUGAAGAGUUUCACACAGCAGAUCUCAGAUGAGCAGAUCUUCUCUGAAAAAGACUUCAGUGGAGUGAAACUUGAUUAUGUUGAUUUCAAACUCCUAGAAGAUGUGAUACGACAAGAACUUACUGCUUUAAUGUCUGAGAUCAGCAGUAGAUUCAACACAGAGACGUUUCCAGUAAAUCUGGACUACAAAUUCAGGCCAGAUGAGAUUGUAAUUGAUCACUUGUGUCAAUGCUGUUGGGCUCAGUGUCCGUUCUGUGGAGCCACCUGCACCAACACCUUAGAAAACCAUGAUGGAGAUCACAGUGUUGGUUUCCACAGAGUAACUGGAAUUGCAGGGUUGUUUUACAGAGGAUCAAGAGACUUAGCUGUUAAAAUCUGCACAUCAGCAGUAGCAAACAGAAAUCAGUAUUUUUAUCCCAAUAACUCAGAUAAUUUACUUCCCUGCACAGAAUACAGAAAAGCAGGAGGAGUUUUUGCAGACUGGAGCAUCACCCCCGACCUUUCUGAUCUGCCGUACUGGAAGUGGUUCGUGAGCAGAUUCAAAGACAAUCUGGAAAAUUACUACGGUAAAGCUUUGGUGAGUAGUGAGAUCCCAGACAAAUGGAGAAAAUAUUCAAAACAGGAAGCUAUUGAGAGUUUGGAUCAAUACAUCUAAUGGAGCCGAUACAGAAUGAUACUGUAUGUUGUUGGAUUCUCCUCUGACCACAGUCAGAAAUGAGUUUCUAUUACACAUCAGUUAUACUCUGAAAUCAUCAGCAAAUACACUGGAUACAAGAGGUUUAAUGAUGACAAUCAAUCUAAAAGUGUUCAGUUUUAUGAAGUUAAAAAAAGGACAGAUUUGAAUUGUGUAAACUGGAAUUAGACAUGCAACAUUUUAAAAAUAUUCAGUUGUUUUAAUGGUUUUUUUUUAGAUUUUUUUUUUUUACUGUAUUUUUGAGAGGUGAAAUUACCUUAAAAUAUUCAGAUUUUA